AUGCAAGACACUCUGGCGGACGACGACAUUCCGCUGCCAGAAGGCAUGCAGCCCCCCAACGAGGAGGCCGAAGACCUUCAAGAGGACAAUCCCCAGCGUGGGAAUGAGCCUGAGAAAUGGCUGGAUCUUGGCCUGCAGUCUGUGCACUGA